CUAGGCGCCGGAGCCGAGAUCGGCGGUGAUCACGGAGGGUGGACCUGGUGGACCGCGAGCGUGAGCGACGGAGGACGGAGACGCGAGACGCCACCUAAGAUCAUUUCCACCUCGUGGAAUUUUCCGACGGAUCGCACGACCUUUUUCUACCGUCAACGAGACGUACUCUUUCGAUACGAUCCUCGGGGGACUUCGCGAUGCUGAACUGACGAUGGAACUCACUUAACGUCGAUACUGCAGAUUGCUGUAGAUUUUUUUUCGGCGAACUGCUGGUCGCGCGUGAGGCGAAGAGUAAGGGGAAUAGACUAGCGCACUUUGUCAAACGCACUCAUCUGUCCUUGUUUUUUUUACUUUAGCGCCUCUAAUGCAAGAUCUCUGAACUACAAUGAACCCAAUUUCUGCUCUUUGCACCAAUACACGUGCAAAUUACAUAAACAAUUUUCAGACAUCCAUUUCUCUCAUACUAGAGCUUCUAGGACCAUUCUGCAAGCGUCGUAUUGUUCUUUUAUUUAAUUCAUACGCAGUAAACUACUUAUUUCAUACAUACAAAGUCUAAAACUUUUAUAUAGGGCACAUGUUGUCACGAGUCGGCUGCAGAAGCCGAUAAUUAAACUAUAAUUUUUUAAUUUACUUUCGUUUUUCGUACUAAAUUAUAGUUUCCCGUGUAUGUUUUUGUUACUACUUUAAUUGUGGAGAAGGAUUUUACGAUCUAUAAAGCCAAUUAAGAGAAAUGCCUGUCCAAAAAUAUGCACGUAUACAGACCGGUUCAGCAUCGCCUUAAGUGGUACACUGUGCACCAGUUUGAAAUUGGCGCCCUGCUCGGUCGGUCAAUGGCUCGUGCAUGAAUUGAAUAUUCGCGAGACGAACCCAAGCGUCCGCUUGGCUCCGAAACGACCGAUCGCCGCUCCUACGGCGCGCGGCUCAGGGCGCAUGCCCCGGGGGGUUUAUUAUCUUCUUUCUGUUCAAGUGCCAUUUCGUUGCAUGCAGUGCAGUCUAUAAAACAGAAUGCGUUCUCCGCGGGUCUCGAGUUUCCUAUCACUUAUCGUCAUUCGUAGCGUAUAAACAUAACAGCACGCGGUCAUUAGCUCUCGAUUCAUAUUGUUUACGUAUUCGUCUGGCACAUGGGAGGGCGGCUGGAGCGCGGCUGAAAUCGCGUCGGACCCGCUUCGUGAACGACGACGGGCACGUAUCGCCGUUCGUGGCGUUCCCUCGAGGCGUCGUGAUUAGAGAUAUCGGGACGGGACUUACCACGGGCUUUACGGACGCGCAAAAAUGUCAUCGAGCUACGCAGACGGGUUAUCGCCGUACGAAAACAAAGGAGUGCUGGGACUGGAGGAGAGAUACGAUACCGUCGAGACUCUUCGCCUGAAAUGUGGUCUCCUGGCCGAGUGGAUACAAGGCGCGCGUCACGUCGUGGUCCACACUGGCGCCGGUAUCAGCACCGCGGCUGGUAUUCCCGAUUUUCGGGGUACAAAUGGCGUAUGGACAUUGGAACAGAAGGGUUUGAAACCUUCUAUGAACAUCUCUUUUGAUGAAGCAAUUCCUACAAAGACACAUAUGGCAUUGAAAAAACUGAUAGAGGCCAAAAAAAUAAAGUUCAUCAUAAGUCAGAAUAUAGAUGGACUACAUCUACGAUCAGGAGUACAGAGGCAGUAUCUUGCUGAACUGCAUGGAAAUAUGUUUACAGAGCAGUGUGACAAAUGUGGAAGAUCGUUUAUUCGUAAUUUUGCAACCAAAAGCGUGGGGAAAAAAUCCUUGGAUACUGUAUGCAGAUCAGAACAGAUAGGCGGUCGUCCAUGCCGUGGUCGAAUGCAUGAUACCAUUCUCGACUGGGAACAUAAUUUGCCAGACAGUGAUUUGACACUAUCUGAUCUUCACUCCAGCGUCGCCGAUCUGAGUAUAUGUCUGGGAACGACGUUACAAAUUAUUCCAAGUGGUAAUUUGCCUUUAUACACGAAGAAAUAUGGAGGCCGUCUUGUUAUAUGUAAUUUGCAACCGACGAAACACGAUAAGAAAGCUGACUUGAUCAUUAAUGGCAACGUCGACGAGAUAAUGGUCGCGGUCAUGAAGAAAUUGGGAUUGGAAAUUCCGGAAUAUGAAAGCGCUAUGGAUCCGACACGAAAUUCCGAUACAACGGCUAAAGAGAUGGACUGGACAAUCCCGACCAGCAGAGUAAAGGAAAUGAACGUGCUGUACAAGAAGGUGUGCAAGCCAAUGCGAAGAAAACGGAAAACGUUUAUGUACGAAAGGGAGAGAACGGACCCCAAACGAGAAACUAAAGCUAGAAAGCAAGCAUUUCCAGUUAAGCAAGAAAUCAAAACAGAUGGUAAUAAUAUAACCACAGCGGGUGAAACAUAUAAGACCGAGAACGAUCAUGUGGCUGACAACUCCCUUAAAAUAGAAGAGAACGCGGUGGAUGUUGAAACGUGUAGAUAUACUAUGGAAGACGCAUCGGAGCAUACUGAUAUGCAAAUGAAUCAAACGGUGUAGCAAGUUUUAAUGAAGUAAUAAUUUCCCAUUCUAAUAUUUCGAUUAUUCUCAGUGUACGCUACAGUUACUUAUGAGUGCAUAAUUGAAUGAUGUUCAUUGUUCGUACGAAAUAUGCGAUAGAUUUGCUGAUGUUCAAUAGGCAUUUUAAACAUUUGCUGCACAUUUAGUAUUAAAUGUAGCUCUUUUUCCUUUUAUCUUCCUCUUUCCUUCCUCUUCCGUUUUUUUUUUUUUUUUUUUGUUACUUGGAAAGAAAUAUAUGAAAUGGGUAAUUAUAAAACAAUUUAAAAACACCAUUUAUUAAGAUUGUUGCUUCUACGUAUUUACAUGUUUUAUGCGAACUUGUAUUCAAGAGGCAAUGACAAAUGUCUCUUGCCUGCAAUGAGAAUAAUAUUCCGAUUCGUACAAUUGUUUAAACACGUACUGAUUGGACGUAAAACAUUUAACAUUAAAUGUGCAAUAAGAAUACAAACCCAUAAUUUUGUUUUCAGGACAUGCCAUUUAUCACGAAGACAGUGAAACUAUUCCGAUAGUUGUAUAUAUUCUUAUUAGUGUCUACAGUUCCGUUUGCGUGCUGCAUCUGCUUUUUACAACUAGCCUAUAUAUAUAUUUACGCAUAUGCAUAUUAGAUAUUGCGACGAGAGAUUCAACAUAGAGAGAUUAAAUCUCUCGACAAGCAACGUGUUCCAGAUUUCUCGUGCAUAAUACGAUACUUUUUCCACUAUAGAUUAUUAAUAAGGUUUUCGAUAAAAGAGAUCUUCCUAGAAGACAUUUCGCCAGUAAGAACUUCCAUAAGCUUUUUUUAAUUGAGAAUAGUUGAAUUUGAAGUAGUUGCUUGAUCGUAAUAAUAAGAAUAAUACAGAUAUGAGAGCUGCCUAGAGUACAUAUAUAAUUUAUGCCCAUAAAUGGUUGAAAAUGAUGUCUCAGAUUUUUAUAUUAUCUAUUAAAGAAUUAGAGAUCUUUAUACAUAAUUUUCCUCUAUCUUCCAAUCCUUUCGUGAAUAUCUGUCAUUAAUUCUGCAAUAUUAAGCAAAAGAUAUGUGUAGCCUGCAAAGAAUAUGUAUGAAAGAAGUAUAUAUUUCCUUUCAUUGGGAUCAUUUUGAAUGUCUUAAGUAAGUUAAAAUGUAGACCAUUAAGAAAGGGGCAAAAUAGUUAAAAAAAAAAUUAUCUUUUUAAUAUGGCGUUACAAGCAUUUGGGUCAUAAAGAAAACGUAACUUCAACAUCGUUUCUACUGGCGACAUUUCCUGUGUAACUUUCCUGAAUAAUUGCUUUCGUAAAUAGAUUAUUCUGGGUCCCAUUGAUCGUCCUCAAUGUUCAGGUAUGUUCGCCUUACGAAAAUUGACAGCGCACAUGAUUGGGGACCGAUUUGCGCGUCAUAUUAUAAUACAAAGCACAUGUUUGUAUAAGUAAGCUAAUAGCACUAUUUGCUACAAGCUGAUGUUAGAUUGUCCGAUAAAUUCAGAUGUUGAAUUUUUAACAGAGUGCGCCUUUUUCCAUAUAGUGUUGAAGGGAAUGUUGAAAGUAAAAGUUUUAACAAUAUCUUGCAGUUAGUUACGCUAAACGGUUUUUCGCGCGUAGAUUAUAUAAGCUGCCACUUGUAGAGUGCAUUCUGAUAGAAUGCAAUAUAGCGAAUCAUGUAAUAUUUAUAUGUACAUAGUGAUGUUUGCGCUUCAUUCAUCGUAAUACAUGACUUUAUUUAAGUAAUCAUUAUUAUUCGCCAGAUAUAAUAUUCGAAAUAAAAAAUAUAUCUAUAAAAAGGA